GUUAGUCAUUAUAAGGGAAGCGUCUCUAAUUAUUCGCAUCUGCUAGGAGCUGGCAACAUAACUGCCUGUAGCUUGACGCGGACGCACACAUACAUUUGAGGCAGCAUAAAUAAUCGAGCGCCGUGAACCAUCGAUCGCUGUUGCGUUCACGUUCCUGCAGUCAAGUGUAGCGAACAGAGUUGAAAGGGCGCAGUUCGGAAACUGUUUAUACUGGAACCUACAGGUUAUUACUGCUAUUUUUCAGGAAAGCCUAACCAUGUUCGGAUUCAAAAGUGGUGGUUCUAGGACUGUCACGACCAGCUAUUCUUCUGGAGGAGGGCCUGUACAAACCACAACCAAAACCUUCAGAUAUGGAGGCGACGGACCCGGGAUGGAUGUUGGCUCCGGUGAGAAUGGUGGCACCGACAUCAACGUUGGAUUUGGCAACAAGUUUGGAGGGAUGGGGAAUUACAAAUUUAACAUCGGGGGAGGAAGUGCAAGGGGCGGUGGCAGAAGUACCCAAAGGCCAAACGUUUGCGGUAGAGCAUCCCGUAAGGAAAAGAAAAAUCCAUUCUCUGGUGUUCUGAACCAGAAUUAUGAUCAAAUCAAGGCAAAAUGUCUGGAUGAAGGUAUUCUAUUUGAGGAUCCUGAGUUUGAGGCAACUGACAUGUCCAUCUUCUUCAGUAAGCGUUCACCUCGCCCAUUCGAGUGGAAGCGUCCUACGGAGAUUAGUGAUAACCCUCAAUUCAUUGACCAACAUGGUGCUAGCCGAUUUGAUGUCCAGCAGGGUGAAUUGGGUGAUUGCUGGCUUUUGGCUGCUACAGCCUCCUUGACCUGUAACAAGACCUUGUUUGCCCGAGUUGUGCCAGCUGACCAAAACUUUACAGAUGACUACUGUGGUCUGUUUCGCUUCCACUUCUGGCACCAGGGAGAUUGGGUGGAGGUUUUGGUGGACGACCGACUUCCCACCUACUACAACAAGCUGGUGUUCAUGCACUCAGCAGAGAACAAUGAGUUCUGGAGCGCCCUGUUUGAGAAAGCUUAUGCCAAGUUACAGGGGUCCUAUGAGUCCCUGAAGGGAGGCAGUACUUGUGAGGCCAUGGAAGACUUCACUGGUGGUGUCACUGAGAUGUUUGACCUGAGGAAGCCCGACGAUAACCUGCUCUCUAUCAUGCUGAAGGCCAGCACCCGUGGCUCUCUGAUGGGAUGCUCCAUUGAUGCUGAUCCAAACCAGUUGGAAGCUGUUCUUGAAAAUGGACUGGUCAUGGGUCAUGCUUACAGUGUUACAAGUGUCCAGCUGGUGGACAUUAGGACACCACGUACAAGUGGGCGUUUCCCCAUGGUCAGGGUACGUAACCCUUGGGGUAACGAGGCAGAAUGGAAGGGAGCCUGGAGUGACCAGUCUGAAGAGUGGAGAUUCAUUCCAGAAGAAGAAAAGAAAAACAUUGGUCUUACCUUUGAUGAUGAUGGUGAAUUUUGGAUGUCAUUCUCUGACUGGAAAGCAAAUUUCCAGAAGCUCGAGAUUUGCAACUUGGGUCCAGACUCUCUGGAUGAAGAUGAGAUCCAGGCUGGUGGCAAACGCUGGGAGGCAACAACUGAGUCAGGAGAAUGGAUCCCAAGGGUCAAUGCUGGCGGUUGUAGAAACUAUUUGGACACCUUCUGGACCAACCCUCAAUACAAGGUGACCUUGGUAGACCCUGACGAGGAUGAGGAUGACCUCUGUACUAUGCUGGUUGGAAUUUUACAGAAGGACAGGAGGAAGAAGAGGAAGGAAGGACUGGACCUUCUCACCAUUGGUUAUGUCAUCUACAAGCUAAAAGAAAAUAUGGAAAGUGAUGGUCCCCUGGACAUUAAGUUCUUCAAAUACAAUGCAUCCACUGCCAAGUCUCCAUCCUUCGUUAACAUGCGUGAGAUCUGUGGGCGUCACAAACUGCCCCCAGGUACCUACGUCAUCGUCCCGUCCACAUUUGAACCUCACCAGAAGGGCGAGUACCUUGUCAGAAUCUUCUCAGAAAAAGCAAGCGAAUCUGGGGAGAUGGACCAGCCGACAGGCAUGGUUGAUGAUCAGAGCGGUCUUGCUAGUCUAGAACGAUUCCAUGUGUAUACUACGACAAAGGAGGGAGAAGUGAUAAUGUCGACUCCGGAGGAUGUGCCAGCGGUGGCCAGUGCCCCUUCCACCCAGUCAGCAAUACAGAUACCAGUUGCAGUACCGGAAAGAGAGGUCAAUGAACCAACACCAGUUCCUCCCAUUCCAGAGAAGGCAGCUGCCAGAGGCGUUCAAAAGUUUCAUCAUUAUCCUCCUUCAUCAAGGUCUGGUCAUACAGCACCUUCUAGUGCUAGGCGAAAGGCGCCCACUAGGAACUAUGACCAUAUGUCGCGGCGAGAGGCCUUAGAGGUUCUAUACAACGCUCUCAAUGAGGAGAUUGAGCCCACGGAUGAAGAACAGGAACAGGAAGCGGCUCUGAAGGGAAGUUUCCGUCGUGUGGCUGGGGAGGACCUGGAAGUGGAUGCUUAUGAACUCCAGGGCAUCCUGAACGCGGUCUUUACCAAAGCAUCAGUUGUAGAAAAUUUCAAGUUUUCUGGAUUCAGCGUGGAGUGUUGUCGCAGUAUGGUGGCCAUGCACGAUGGUGACAUGUCUGGCAAGCUUGGGUUUGAUGAGUUCAAGGACUUGUGGAACGACCUAAGGAAAUGGAAGGGUGUGUUCAAGGAGAGAGAUGCUGACAGCAGUGGAUGCCUAAGCUCCUAUGAACUGAGACAGGCACUGCAUAUGAGUGGUUUCCGACUAAGUAACAGGUCGCUGAGUGCUUUGGUCUUGCGCUACUCCAACAAAGAGAGCCAGAUUGAGUUUGGGGAUUUCAUCUUAGCAGCAAUCCGUCUCAAGACAAUGCUUUCUUCGUUCAAGUCGAGGCAACAUGGGGAUAUGGCUGGCUUUGAAGUUGAUGAUUUCAUCCAGACCACCAUGUACUCUUAAUGCCAACACGUAAACACUUGCCAAGGGAGAUUACUCUGACGAAAUGUUGGAUGUGUUGUCUCAUUUCCGACGGAAAAAAAGAGAGAGAAAACUGUUGGCAACUUUAGCCUUCUUAUACAUGUAGCAUGUAGUGAAAACUUUGUUAAGACAGUCUAUAUAUUCUAUCGUUUUCAAUGGAUGCUACUGUGUCUUUAUUUGCUUGUUUAUCGUAUAAGUGAUUUAGACAUUGUAACAAAAACAUCAACGGCAGAUAAUGCUUCUAUAUUAAACAAAGUAAACCCGAGGUAAUGCGAUGUAUCACUUUCGUGAACUGUUCACUUGUCGGAUGAGGUUGUCCUACCUGUUACCUGAGAAAGUCAACAACUAUCAGAAUCAUCCACAUCAAGACCGACCUUUUGUGAUGUAGAGUGUGAUGGAGGAUAAAAAGUUCAGUGAAACUCAUUCAGUUCUUCAUUCUUCCCCGUACCUGCUUGGAAAUCUUUUUUUUAUUUAUUUUUACGCGUAUGUUUAUUAAAAUAUUUUAUACAUGUCAGAUUUUUAUGAUCUACAGAAUUGUUAUACAGUAUAAAUCUUCCUUAUAUGGUAUUUUCUAGGUUAUAUGAAUAUCAAUAUAUAUACACUAGCUCCUAUUCUUGCAUUGUCUCAUUUUUGUACGAGAUUUAGAUGCUAAAUAGGAAAAACAAGUAAGGUGCUCUGACACAAGUAAAAGUUUUUUUGAAAACUAACAUCGUUUUGAAUAAUGCUCAGUAAUUUGUGGUUCCGGCUCUUCAUUCUACCUCUAUGUUUUUCUCCACAUUAUUUUACAUUUAACUUUAGAGUUCUAGGAAUCUUGUAUCUCAUCAGUAUGGCAACAACUCCAAAGCAUUGGAACUCUUUGUUUUCAUUGAUUUUAAUAUGCAAUUGAAAACAAACCACAUGACAUAAUUUGCAGCACUUUCAUUAAUAUUUUUCAUUCUUUAUUUUAACUGCUGAUCAAGAUGGUAUGAUGUUAGCGAUUUCUUUAGCUCAGUAUCCUUGUCUACUUUGUAUAUGCUCCUUUAUAAAAGUAUCGCCCAUAGUAUGGCCAUCAAUGUUGUUUGAUAUGUUGUAUUUUUUCUUGUCUGAAAAGUUAAUCUCUAAUUAAUCUCGUCUUUCUAUUGACCUCUGAUUUUUACAUGGUAUCUGUGUAUGUUUGAUGCUAUUUGUAAUGCUAUCUGUACUAACUGAUGCAAUCUUCAAAUGACACUGCAAGACUCCAAUAACAUGGGUAUACAAGUUUGUUAUGUGCCUCUCUAUGAAAGUGAUAAUGGUUAUUUGGUAAAUUGUAGAUUAAAUCUUUGAAUGAGACUGAUAAAGAUAAAUGGUAAAGGAUUUAAAACCACAUGCUGUGCCUCGUAGGAUACUUGAACUAAUGACUACUGGUAAACCUUUAGUUCCUAUGUGAUUACAGGGUCUUUCCUGUCUGAUGAUCAACGUUUAACUGCUGAUUAAAAAUCUACUUUUAGUAUAUAUCAAUGCUUUAAGUUUCAAAUAUUUAAGAUUUCGCAGUACUGUGACAUCAGUCUAAUCUUUUGCUAUUGAAUGAAUCAAAGAUUUAUUUUUAUCUGUUCAUUAACUGUGAUUGUGACAUCAGUGCUUUGAAAUGGUAUCAAAAUAUGAAAAUUGUCUGUCAUUUAUAACUAAUGUUUGGGAAUAUAAUGCACUUAUGUGAUAAGCUCUACUUUGUUAAUGCUUUUUGUACAGGUUUACAUAUGUACUGCCUAGCACUGUGACCUUUCGUUUUAAUCAAUGUUGACAAUAUUUUGUUCAAGAAUAUAUAUCAUAAGGUUGUUAUUAUUAUGUUAUUUUCUGAUCAUUGUUAAAAGAACAAAGAGAGCUAUGUAAGAAAAUUGAAAUUAAUUUAGAAAAAAAUGAAAGUUUAAGCUUGAUAUUUGUCAGUUAUCUAGAUUUUGAGAUUUUGUAAGAAAAGGCAACUUUAGUAGUUGAGAUUAGCCUAAACAAAACAAAUUAAAUUAAUUUGAUUAAACACUUCUGUCAAGCAAAUUGAAAACAAUCUUCCUGCACAUCAAUAUGUAUAAGUAUUGUUAGUCGUAGAAUUGUAAUAAGUUUCACUUCAAUAUGUAUAAGUAUUGUUAGUCGUAGAAUUGUAAUAAGUUUCACUUAUAUAAUUAUUAACGCAAUAAGAUGUAGAUAUGUAUUUACCUAGAUCGUAGAGGGUAUGGUAUUAACACUCACUUGUAAUGAUAAAUUAAAACAUUAAUCUCAUUAUCCUUUUUUAAGUUAUAGUAACUUAUGUAUAUACAUUGCACAUUACUAAACCUAUGCGUUUACUGUUAGAUAGCUGUUUACAUGAUUUUGUUUCCCCCAAUUAUUUACAUAUAUCUGUGUAUUUACUACAUAUUUGACCUCGUACUCGCUUUUGUCCAGUGCCUUAAUUGGGCCUAGGUGUCCUCUCUGGGCCAUAGACAAGGCAGGAUGAUCUAAUAAAAGAUUUUAUCUACA